UACCCUUAUACCCCGUCAAAGGCGGCUGGUUUCAUCUUCAUGGCCCUCUUUGCCCUUGUUACGAUAAUUCAUAUCGCCGGCGUUAGGCGUUACAAGACAAACUACUUCAUCCCAAUGGUGCUGGGUGGUAUCUGCGAAACAUUCGGUUACUAUGGCAGAGCCUGGGCCGGCAGCAAACCAAACUCGCCCAAGCCCUUUAUGCUUCAGCUCAUGCUCAUCCUCGUCGCCCCCGUCUUUAUUUGCGCCACGCUCUACGUCACCCUCGGCAGAUAUAAACAAGUUCUCCUUGGCCAACCGAAGCGAAAAUGUAGUCCGACUUCCCUGUUCAUCUUGACCGAUAUCAUCGCAUUCUGCACACAAAUUGGAGGUUCGUUGGUACAGGUUACAGGCAGCACCAAGAUCAUGAAGAUUGGAGACAAAGUCGUCCUUGGAGGUCUCUUAUUCCAGCUCUUGGUGUUGGCGAUAUACUUUUACCUGGUUUUCAGGUUCUACAGGAAGGCAUGCCAGGAGACCCUGUUCGCUGGGAUUUGGAAACCUUACGUCUGGAUGCUGGGUAUUUCCGUCAUCGCCAUUUGGAUACGCAAUCUUGUCAGGGCCAUAGAGUUUGUCCAGGGCUUCCACGGUUUCAUCAGCGAGAACGAGGCCAUGCUGUAUGUGAUGGAUGCGUCGCUGAUGCUUGGUGUCAUGGUCGCGUUUCUUAUUUUUCACCCCGGCCGACUG